UUUUAGUGUGCUCAUCGAACUGACGCGCUCGUUCUCUUUUUUUGUUGCGUUGGUAGGUUUGGAGCUGAAGUGGCCCUGUGGAAAAAGGUCUCGCCCUCCAGCAGCUGGACCACCUUUACACCGAGAGGCGAUCGACAAAGUGAAAGCAGUGGACCGGACUGGAAAGCAGGUCACACACAUCCAAAUAUGCGCGUUGGAGUGCGCUGGCGAGGCGUCCCUUUUCUUCAUUCCAUGGUAGCGUUGUCGUGAUGUUCAACACGUCCGGCAUUGAGCUCCCUUUGAACAAGAAAGAGGAUAUUUCCGAAGUUAUCAAUGGCACUUUGCAGCUUCUUUACCAAGCUGCGGUCACCAUCGCUCCCACAACCAUGUGGAACGAGUCGUGCGGGGAGCAGCUACAGGAUUUUGGACGCCCGGAGAAGAUCAUCAUCGGGGUGAUGCUGGCCAUCAUCACGGCAGUUACAGUCAUGGGAAACACGCUGGUCGUGAUCGCAGUGUGCGUGGUGAAGAAAUUAAGGCAGCCUUCAAACUACCUUUUGGUGUCUUUAGCUGUCGCUGACCUGUCUGUGGCCAUAGCGGUGAUGCCGUUUGUGAUCGUGACGGACCUCACCGGCGGCAAGUGGCUUUUUGGAGAAGUCUUUUGCAACAUAUUCAUCGGCAUGGAUGUAAUGUGCUGCACUGCCUCCAUAAUGACCCUGUGUGUCAUCAGCGUGGACAGGUAUCUGGGGAUCACACGGCCCCUCACCUACCCGGCCCGACAGAAUGGUCAGCUGAUGGCAAAGAUGAUCUUCGGCGUGUGGCUGGUGUCUGCAUCCAUCACUUUGCCCCCGUUCUGCGGCUGGGCCAAAAAUGUCCACACAGCCGGCGUGUGCCUCAUCAGCCAAGACUUUGGCUACACCAUCUAUUCCACAGCCGUAGCCUUCUACAUCCCAAUGCUGGUCAUGCUGGUCAUGUACUACAAAAUCUUCCGGGCGGCCCGCAAGAGUGGGGCCAAGCACCGCUUCACUGACCUUUCCCGCCGUGAGCGCCUCGAAACAGUGGCUAAUGAGGCGCUGCGAAUGCAGGGCCUAAAGCCUCCUGGUGUGGCAGAGGAGUGCGCCGCAUUGUCCCGACUGCUGAACCGUGAACGGAGAAACAUCUCCAUUUUCAAACGAGAGCAGAAAGCAGCCACGACACUGGGGGUUAUUGUGGGGGUCUUUGCUGUGUGCUGGCUGCCAUUUUUCAUCCUGUCCACUGCAAGGCCCUUUAUCUGUGGCGUAGAGUGCAGCUGUGUGCCCAUCUGGCUGGAGCGCACGCUGCUGUGGUUAGGUUAUGCCAACUCCCUAAUGAACCCCUUCAUCUAUGCCUUCUUCAACCGAGACCUGCGCUCCACUUAUCGAGACCUUCUUCGCUGCCGAUAUCGGAACAUCAACCGGCGUCUGUCAGCGGUGGGCGUGCACGAAGCCCUCAAGGUUUAAAGAAGGUUCGCAGCAUACACUGACUCACAGAGUGAAACGUGGUGGCCUCGCACUUGAACUCGUGUACCUCGUGGAUUGUGGCGUGAACGCAGCCAGCAUGUAGAUAAGAAACAUUCUGACAGAAAGAGAGUCACUGUUGGAAGCUCUCUGAUCACUUCAGUGUGUGUGUGAGAGAGCGAGAGAGACACUCGGUUAUGCUAUUUUUGGAAACAAAAUGGUUGAGGGAACUGAAAUAUCCAAGUUGACACUGCUUUUGUGCAUUUAUUGUUGGGUGAUGUAGUGUCACACCAUAUAUCAUGGGAACACGAGACAAAGACAAUGGAAGCCAAACACUUUAUGUAUACUCCAAAAAGGAGCGAUUGCCCUUGAGGACAAUGCAUAUUAGCUUCUUUUGCUGACCAUAUCCUGCAGUGACAGGCGGUCAGAGGAGGCAGGUGAGGCAGAGCCAUCAUAAAAAAUGUAUUUAUUUUUAAAUGUACGUAUUGUAUUCUGUAUGAUUUUUUAAAAACAUUUUCUUAACUAAAAACCGCUCAAUUUGAACGUUUCCUGAUCAAAUACAGGCAUAGACAUGAAAUUAGUCUGCGUUAGCCGAGCCCACCCUUUGAUUGCAGAUGUUUGCAGAAACAUUUAUUAUACACCGUGCAUUUCUACAGCCUGUGUGUUAUGACUGUAUAAGUCUGACAUCGUUAUUCUCGCAAAACGGACAAUAAACUGCAGAGAGAUGUCAUACAGUGAGGUGCACAGCACACUGCCUCACGAAGGGGGCGUACGGGAGCUGGCAGGUGCUUGUCGCUGCCAUCUUUUUACACUGAGGCAAAACGGCCAAGAGACUUUUAAAACAAAAAGAAAAUAAGAACUUUUACAUCACAGUACUAUAGCUUUUCCUGGAAAAGGAAAGGCACAUGGACUUUGUAUGCAAAUACAGGUGAGACCACAAAUGGCGUUCAGUUAAAAAAAAAAAAAAAUAAAUUAGAAGAAUUUGAAAACUUAUUAUUUUCUUCUUUUUCUUGCUAUACUCUGUAUUAACACUGAUUUGAGCACAAUAAUUUUCAGUUGUAAAAAAAAAGUCGGCGCCUCACCAGCCAUGAACCUCACCGCACGUCACUGAUGCAUUUUGCUGUACACUUAAGUAUCGACUGCAUCAGGUCACAUGCGAGUAAUAGUUUCAAAGUGGUCCUGUCACCCAAACACGGUAAAUGUUCAGAAUGUGGUGAUAGAUAAUGCCAGGUGGCAACUUGGGUUAAACAUAUUCUCGUGAAAACCUCAGUUUUUGUUCUGACAGAGAAAAUAGUGUUGCCUGAAACAGAUGAUAUUUAUAGAAUUUGAAUAGUCACGAUACCGUAGCUAUGACCAUAAGUGUUCCAUGUUUCACACAGUCACGCACUUUAAUGACUUAUUUUCACUGCUGUUUUUUCACACUGCAGUUGGCUUGCUAACCUUGAUGAUACAGCAAGAAAACUUUAAAACACUUUGAGAUAAUGUGUUCCAGACACUGCUUCACUGGUCAACGAGUAUCUGUAUCAUUCUUUUGAGAUGAGGAGUGAUCAACCGCGACAACUCUUUGACGGUUUGUGUAAACGUGUGUCACAGGCCGUCCAUCAAACAGUGUGUGCUGAUUCUACCUCGACUUUUGACAAUACUGCACAUUUCCUCCAAACAUAUGUAACUAUCUUUUUGUAAUCAGCAGCUCUUUUUCAAGCAUUGUCAAGUGUAUAUACAACUGCUCUGUGAUUGGCCUGUUUAAAUACUCAGUGGCAUUACUCUAUUUCCUUUGUAAAUAAAGACACACCUGCUUAUAAUGGCA